GUAGAAGAUAUGAAGGCGGUGGUUAUUACAUCCCAUGGCGGCCCUGAGGUAUUGCAGCUGCAAGAUGUAGAUGAUCUUCUUCUAAUUCAAGACGACGAAGUAUUGAUCAAGGUCGAGGCCACUGCCCUCAAUGGAGCUGAUACUGAACAGCGCAAAGGUAUUUACCCUGCUCCUAAUGGCGCAAGUCCUUACCUUGGUCUCGAAUGUUCUGGAACAAUUCAAGCCGUUGGUAAGAAUGUUUCCAGGUGGAGAAUUGGCGAUCAGGUGAUCACAUUCAAAUUCUCAUUUUGUCUGUGGGUUUCCAUUUGUUAUUUGUUGGAAUCAAUGUUGGAGUUUAUGUUGUUGUUUCAGGUAUGUGCUCUUCUUAGUGGGGGAGGUUAUGCUGAGAAAGUGGUUGUACCUGCUGGACAAGUUCUCCCAAUUCCAGCUAAUAUUUCAGUUAAAGAUGCAUCUUGUUUCCCUGAGGUUGCUUGUACUGUCUGGUCUACUGUCUUUAUGACAAGCAAAUUAUCGGCUGGGGAAACAUUUCUGAUCCAUGGAGGGUCCAGUGGAAUUGGUACAUUUGCCAUCCAAAUAGCCAAGUAUUAUGGAAUCAAGGUCUUUGUGACUGCAGGGAGCGAGGAAAAACUGGCUUUCUGUAAGGGCAUCGGUGCUGACAUAUGCAUCAACUACAAGACUGAAGAUUUCGUUGCUCGUGUGAAGGAAGAAACACAAGGGAAAGGUGUUGAUGUUAUACUAGAUAACAUUGGUGCAGCAUACUUCCAGCAAAACAUUAAUUGUUUAAACUUCAAUGGAAGACUCUUUAUCAUUGGCUUUAUGGGUGGGACAGUGACAGAACUCAAUAUAACUAGUUUGUUCGCUAAACGCCUCACCGUACAAUGUAAGUUGUAACUUUUUUGUUUGUCUGUGUAUUUGGUCGACUUCUCAACAAAAUUUAUGGGGGUAUUUUGGUGAAAUGCAGCGGGUGGAUUGCGCAGUAGAAGCAAAGAAAACAAACGUGAAAUAAUAAGGGAAGUGGAGAAAAACGUGUGGCCAGCAAUUUGUGCUGGUAAGGUGAAGCCAAUUGUGUACAAAUCUUUUCCAUUAUCUGAAGCUUCGGAGGCUCAUAAGGUCAUGGAAAGCAGCAAACAUAUGGGUAAAAUUCUCCUUUUUCCAUAGACCAAUUGUCAUAUGCAAGUGUAAACUUUUGGGGUUUGGACACAAUAAAGGAAGAUUUUGUCAUUUUUUUUGCAUAGAAAGUUUGUAUCUGGUCUCAACAAUAUCGAAUUUCAUGUGAUAUUCUUGUUUUCGAACAUCCAUCUACUUGUAUUAUAUAUAGCAUGUAAUUCUCUUUUUUCAUCCAAUAUAUAUGCGUGGUUGA